CAUCUUAUGAAGACGGACCCAUUUCCUUUACCCACAAUGCACCCCUCUUAUUCAGUCCUUCCGACUUCCGCCUCAGCAACUUACCGCUAUGGCCCCAACUAAGAAAGGUGAAAAAAAGAAAGGACGUUCUGCCAUCAACGAGGUGGUUACCAGAGAGUACACCAUCAAUGUCCACAAGCGUAUCCAUGGCGUGGGUUUCAAGAAGAGGGCUCCCCGUGCCAUCAAAGAAAUCCGCCGGUUUGCAAUGAAGGAGAUGGGAACCCCUGAUGUCCGUAUUGACACUCGCCUUAACAAGGCAGUGUGGAGCAAGGGGGUCAGGAACGUCCCAUACAGGAUACGCGUUCGACUGUCCAGGAAACGUAAUGAGGACGAGGAUUCCCCCAACAAACUGUACACCCUGGUUACAUACGUUCCAGUCACGACAUGCAAAGGUUUGCAGACAGUCAAUGUUGAUGAAAACUAAAGAGUGGAAUCAACCUCAAUAAAAGGUGUUCUUGUUUGGG